GGGAGGUUAUUCUAACCUUCCAGUUGAUUGCGAACCACGUUCUGAUUCAAAUGGGUCAAUCUUAACCUAAAAACCGUAACUAGAGGAGCACAUGCGACUUAUUGAUUUCGCCGAUUGAGUCCCAACAUUACCAAUCGCAUUCGCCGGUAACACUCGGUGUGGAGAUGGGGUAAGAGCCCCUCCAUCGCCUUCAGAACGCAGUGAACAUACGCUUGUUGAGACUCUACAAUUUUCGAAAUUUUUAAGAACUGAUACUGUCCGUUAUGACUACUAACAAAUCGCCGGAAAUGACCAAGAACGGUCACGAGUUGGCACCGCUGAACUCUAAGGGUGGUCGCGAAGGAAAAGGUGUUACCAUAGUGCUCCAAGGGCCUAGAGGCUCCAUCAUAUCUAGAGGAAGCGGGGCAGCAGCGGAUCAAGAUCCUGACAGGGCUGCAUGGUCGGGAAAAAUGCAAUUCUUCUUGUCAAUUAUUGGAUACUCUGUGGGCCUGGGGAAUAUUUGGAGGUUCCCCUAUUUGUGCCAGCAGAACGGUGGAGGUGCCUUUUUGAUUCCGUUCGCUAUAAUGUUGAUCUUCGAGGGUAUACCUCUCUUCCUAAUCGAACUUGGAAUAGGACAGAAGAUGAGGCUGGGUUCUCUGGGAGUCUGGAAUACCAUACAUCCUUGGUUGGGUGGUAUUGGAAUAUCGUCAUGUUUGGUGACCUUCUUCGUGGCCCUUUAUUAUAACGUCAUCAUCACCUGGUGUUUUUACUAUUUUUUCAACAGUUUUCAAUAUCCACUUCCCUGGCAAAACUGUCCAAUAGAAAAUGGCACAAUUGUCGAGGAAUGUGACCUAUCUUCAGCCACGGCAUAUUUCUGGUACAGAACUACCCUAGACUCCUCAUCCUCUAUAGAAUCUGGAGGUUACCCCAGAUGGUGGAUUGUUUUGUGCCUUUUACUGUCCUGGAUCGUAGUGUUCUUCAUCGUCAUGAAGGGAAUACAGAGCUCUGGAAAGGUCGUUUACUUCACUUCGAUGUUCCCCUACAUCGUUUUAACGAUUUUCUUCAUCAGGGGAAUAACCCUGGAAGGUGCUAGUGCUGGAUUAGCCCAUAUGUAUACACCUAAGGUCGAGAAAUUAUUGGAUCCGAAAGUUUGGCUAGAUGCAGCUACCCAAGUCUUCUAUUCCUUCGGCUUAGCCUUCGGAUCCUUGAUAGCCUUCGGAUCUUACAAUACGCCGAAGAACAACUGUGUUCGCGAUGUUAUACUGGUGUCAAUUUGCAAUGCCAUCACUGCUAUCUACGCUAGCGUUGUGAUAUUUGCCAUUCUUGGUUUCAAGGCUGUCAGUAAUGUGAAUAAAUGUGUGUUAGACAAUAAGAUGAUUUUACAUAAAGCUGGAUAUUUUCCAAAUGUGACAGAUUUGACGACAAUAAACGAUGACCUCUAUAAUUCUGUGAUGUCUAGUAUUCAAAAUAAGACCGCAUCUAAACUAAGAGAAUGCUCCCUCGCCAAGGAAUUGGAUGCUGCAGCAGAGGGAACCGGACUUGCUUUCAUAGUUUUCACCCAAGCCAUUGUUGAACUUCCUGGGGGUCCUUUUUGGGCAGUCAUCUUCUUCAUGAUGCUUCUAUCUUUGGGGAUUGGCUCCCAGAUUGGUAUUCUUGAGGGGAUGCUCUGUACUGUUUUCGAUAUAGAGAUUUUCAAGAGGAUAAGGAAAGAAUACAUCACAGCCUGUGUUUGUGUGAUCUGCUUCUUCGUGGGACUGAUAUUCACAACUGGUGCCGGAGAAUAUUGGCUGAAGUUGUUCGAUUCUUUCGCUGGUACCAUAGGACUCGUUGUGGUGGCACUCAUGGAGAUGAUUGCGGUCAUCUUCAUUUACGGCCACGAGAAGUUCACCAAGGACAUACAGGACAUGACAGGCAUCAAACCAGGGCCGUAUUGGCAGUUCUGCUGGCGAUUCCUGGCUCCAGCCAUCAUGGGAAUCAUCCUGAUUUCUUCCGUCAUCUCAAUGGUGCGCGAUCCUCCGAAAUAUGACGCAUGGAUCGCCGAAAUGGGUAACACCAGUAAGACGCCUUAUCCUGGAUGGGUACUGUGCAUAGCUAUAUCUAUGGUAUUAGCUGGUGUCUUGCCUAUACCUAUAGUCUUCUUGCUCCGAAGAUACCAGUGUUUGAAGAUGGAUAUCAACAUUCACGAAGGAUCUAUACGACGUAUCGAUACGACAGUUUCAACCAAAGAAAUGAUAACUGAUGUCGAUUUCGACAAUGACGAGGAUCUGCACAACGAAUUGGGACUGUAUGAUGACGAUUCCGACUUCGAAGAUUACUUUGGCCCCCAGUUGAACAACCCUCAAGUUGGUAGCUCUUAUACGAUAAGAAUGAAUGUCUGAGAGUUGUACAGGGUUGACAACCAUGCCAUUCUUGGGUGUUCACUCGAAAGUGCCACUGUGGUUGGUGAUCUUACUCAGGGUGAUCAACAUCCCCUUGAACUCGACAGCCAAUCAUAUUGUGACUGUACAACUGUCAGGAUUUGUUAUUUUGUUACUUAGGUCACUUGUUGCGAAACCGCUUCGUAUUUUUUUAUGUAUAUAGUGUAAAUAGACCGAUAAUAAUCUGGAUUUGACCCAGAGCAGGAUGAUUCAUAUUUAGUAUGGUGCCAAAGAAUUGUAAAUUGCCUGUAUGAAUGUAGAUAUGUACAUUGAAUUGGUUUUCAUUGCCGUCUUAGUGGAAACAACUAACCAUUUUCCCGAAACGGUUAAAACCACGCUAAUUUUCCACCUUACAGCAAUGAAUUCGAAGUGAUAUUCGAUAUGAGGGUUAGACUUUUUAUAAGAAUAUAAUAUUGAUUUAUGCGUUGUUUUUGCAACUUUGGCUCAAUACUAUUUGCAUGUUAUGAUCAUUGGAAUUUUCAAAGUGAGAAGAUAGUUUAGCUUUCGAUGAGUUCUGAAAGUAUCUGAAUGAGGUGGUUAGUUGAUUCAUAAUGCAGGGAUUAUCAGGAGUGACUGGAUUUUUUUAAUACAUUUUAAGAUGUUAUCGGAAACUCCUAUAAAUCUUGAAUUGAACAGUCAGAGAGGUUGUAAACUAUUUUUUAGAUUCCUCUGGAAGUUAUUAACUGAUAUUUUCAAUUUUUAUUCAACGAUUUUCUAUUGAAUCUAGAUAUAUGUAGUAAAAUUUAUCAUUACGUUAUUGUUAUAUACCAGAGAAAUUUCGAAUAUCAUGUCUUGUUGAGUCCUGGAACUUAUUGAUUUGAACAAACAUUAAAAAAACGUUUUCACAGUAAUUAUUGAUUUUGUUGUCAACGUUGCAGGUAAACCGAUUUCAAAAUUUAAAAAAGAAUAAUGUUUAUUUGAAUAUCGUUUCAGAAUUUCACUCAAACCGUGUUGGUUGUAUGUUUAUCAGUUAAAUUGUUUUUCUUGAAAAUCAUUCGAUAAAGAAAAUGUAAUUAUUUUUUAGAUUCAAUAUUCAAAAGUGUAAUUUACCGAAAACUUUAUAAUUGUGCCUAAAAAUUUUCUACAAAUUUACCACAGUAUUAAAGGAAUUUUAAAUAGAGCCACCCCAUAUGUGUUUCUGGAAUUUCGUAUACCUAUUACAUUCUAUCCAUUGUACAUAAAUAUGUGAUAUUAACCGUUUUCCAAUAACUCAAGCUGUUCCUGAAAAAGAUUGAUAAUUUUCAGAUUAGAAUGCGGCACUUUUCAUAUAAAGCACACAACAAUAUGUACCUGUUCUCAAGCAACUAAAUUCUUGUUAUUUAUUCUAUUUAUUACGAUGUUUCUUGAAAAUUUUCGGUGAUAAAUCAUGUCGAAAUUACAUUGUUUUUCUGCGAAAUUGUAUCGUUUAAAUGGACAUUUAUUUGGAUUUCAAAUUGAAUAUUUGAGUUGAAAACACUGCAGCAAUUCAAAAUUGAUAAAGAUAUGUAGUUCAUCUUGAUUUCGAUUACGUUUAUCUAGAUAUAUUUUUAUCAGAUUUGAUCGAUUAUAAAUACUCGUAUGUUAGAUUUCCCUAUACCGGGAAAUUUGAUGUUUUUUGGAUUCCAUUAUCGUGAAGCAAUAAAAGUAGAUAAGGAAAUAUUGUGAGAAUUGGACUCAAUAAAUUUUAUACGGAAAACGUUAUUAAUAGAACCAUGCAUCUUAAAUGGAAGAGUUUCAAUUCAAAUAUUCAUGAAUAGCUCAUUACGAAUGAUCCGAAAUUUAUCCAGCGUUUUGCAUGAUUCUAUUCUUUGAAUUCUAUGGAUGUUUGAUGAUGUAUAAUGUUGUAAUAUUCUGUAAUUCAUAUAAUGCAAAUUUAGUUAUCUUGAAAUCUGAGCAAAUUGAGUAUGUUUUGCCCCCACCUCAUUGGACUUCAAAUGUUUUAUGCUCAAAAUUAAGCAUGUUUUAAUUUAUUGUAUUGUUCGAUGUUAAUUUUGUAAAUUAUUGAUUCCUUGAAAGGGGAAAUUUUAGAUGUUUUUCAGGAUAUAAAUUAUAACGAGAUGCUUAGUGAGUUUUAUAGAUUACUAUUGAUGUUGAUUUUCGGAAAAUUUAGGGAAUUAGCAGCGUCAUUUGAAAUGUCCGACUGAAAUUUACACUAGGUAUACUCAAAAGUGAGUGCCAUCUAUAUGUACUCGCCAAGUGAGUGAACUUAGAUUAACAUCAAGAUAUUUUUGAUUUGCUUUGAAGAUAAAUUGUGAUUAUAUAUCAACAAGUAUUAAAGAUUAGAA